CGCUUUUCAGGAACACAAAUCGAUGCAAUUCACUGUUAGCAAGACAUGUGCUCAUGGCGCCGAAUCAAGGCGGGCCCUUCUGCCCAAUCAACAGCCGACAUCCGACAGCCCUUUUGCUCAUUCCACCUUCUUAUACUCAAAAGACGCGCAUCAGCUCGAUCGUGCACACCACAACGAUACGGUAUGAUGCCAGAGCGCGGGGUGCGCUUCCCGUCUAUCGUCUGAUGGGGUGCCUUGA